AUGGAUCCCCUCAAGUAUUUAUUCAAGAAACCAGCAUUAACUGGAAGGUUGGCACGGUGGUUGUUGCUGUUGGCAGAGUUUGACAUUAUGUACACAACCCAGAAGUCCAUAAAAGGAAGUGCCAUCGCAGAACAUUUGUCUGCACAUCCAGUUAUCGAUACAAGAAAAUUGGAGGAUGUGUUUCCUGAUCAAGAUAUUAAUUCCCUUGAGGUCAACAAGGAUAUUGAGCCAUGGAGAAUGCUCUUCGAUGGAGCUGCGAAUCAUAGAGGUUGUGGGGCCGGGGUUCUGUUUAUAACUCCCGAAGGAUUGUGUAUGCCUAUGUCAUUUAGAUUGGGUUUUGAUUGCACCAAUAAUAUGGCUGAGUACGAAGCUUGUGUUCUUGGGUUAAAGGUAGCUAUUUCAAUUGGAGUAAAGAAGUUGGAGCACUUCAUCGAGAUCAAUUUUGACUACUUUCCAAGGGAGAACAAUAGAUUUGCAGAUGCCUUAGCUACUUUGGCAUCAAUGAUGGAUUUUGGACCCAGAGAGACAAUACAACCGUUCGUGGUAGAUCAAAGAGAUUCCCCCUCAUAUGAAGAAUCUAUUAAUGCAUUGACUGCCGAUGGUAGGCCUUGGUAUGCCAAGAUUGUGGAUUUCAUUAAAGAACGGAGAUACCCAGCUGAUGCUACUCAUGGAGAGAAGAGAUUUCUAAGAAGAUAUGCCACCCAGUUUGUGUUGCAUGAGGACAUUCUGUACAAGCGACCUUAUGAUGGUAUACAGUUGGUGUGCAUUGAUGAAGAACAAGCACAAACAGUUCUGGAUCAAGUCCAUCAAGGAAUUUGUGGUUCCCACAUGAAUGCUCAUAUGUUGGCUAAGAAGAUCCUCCGCCUUGGAUAUUACUGGAAUACAAUGGAGGCAGACUGUGUAGAAUAUGUGAGGAAGUGCCACAAGUGUCAAAUUUUUGCGAAUCUUAUCCAUGUUCCACCAAUAGAGUUACAUAGUUUAAGUUCUCCAUGGCCAUUCUCUACUUGGGGUAUCGAUGUGAUCGGAAAAGUUACCCCUAAGGCGUCAAACAGGCAUGAGUUUGUACUAGUGGCCAUUGAUUAUUUUACGAAAUGGGUAGAGGCACAGUCCUAUGCUAAGUUUACAGCAGGAAAAGCAGCUAAAUUCUUAGAAGAACAUAUUAUUUGUCGGCAUGGGAUGCCUCAGGAAUUGAUUUCAGGUCAAGGUCAACAUUUUCGUGGAAAGGCGCAAGAGUUGUGUGACAAGUUUAAGAUAGUUAGGCAUAGAUCUUCUCCAUAUCGCCCCCAAACUAAUGGGGCAGUUGAAGCAGCAAACAAGAAUAUGAAAGCCAUACUUUAG